AUGAGGCCCCAGGUCUUUAACUGGAAGUCAGCAUUCACUCAAGGACCUACUUUAGAGCAGGAUGGAGCCCACAUCAAAAAUUUACAAAAGGAGCAGAAGGAGAAUGAAAAGCUACGUGUUGAUAAUCAAAAACUAAAUGAAGAAAAUGAUGAACUCAGUAGUGAAUUUGAUAAGAUUGGAAUUGUGCCUGAUGCAGAAUGGAAGCGUAUUCAAGACCAAGGAGCUGAUAUGGUCCUGUCCUCUGACACAGCUCAUAGUGACAUUUCUGUGGAUACUAAUGCAGGACAAGUGAAAUUUAUAGGAGAUCUUAAGGGUCCAGACAGAUGGUGCUGUGUUACUGGCAAUGAAGCCCAGCAGGAUCACUACUGGGAGGUGGAGGUUGGGGAAAAGGGCAGCUGGGCAAUUGGACUGGCAUCUGACAGCAUCAAAAACAACAAGCUUAUUCCUGAGUGCCCUGGGGAAGGAUUCUGGAUCAUCCGCCUCUACAGAGGGAAAAAGUUAGAGGCCGUCUCAAGCACAGUUGAGGAACUUCAGCAAAAACCAAAAAAAGUGGGAAUACAUUGGAAACGAAAGUGUUUACGUUUUUAUGAUGUGGAGAAAAAACAACUCAUCCACAAAUUUGAUAUUGAAUACACUGAGUGCUUGUAUCCUGUCUUCAGUCCAGGGUCACGUGACAAGGGACCAUUAAUCAUCAAAAUUAAACAAAAUUAAAGGUAA